GUUAGACAUAAGUCAAAAUUCAAAACAAUUCAUCAUUCAAUGGAUUUCCAUUUCGAUUUCCUAUUUUUUUAAAGUGAUGUGCGUGUGUGUGCUUUUUUAGGCCCCACCGAAAAUAAUUUAUUGCGAAAUGUCGAAUUGGGGCACCUCUGAUUCCGGCAUUUUGCGAAAAAACAGAAUAAAAGAAAACCCCGAUGAUUUAUUGGUGUUUGGAUACUCGUGCAAAAUAUUUAGGGACGAUGAGAAGGCCCUUUACAUUGAUAAGGGCAAGCAUUUGAUACCCUGGAUGGGGGAUAUAAGUUUGAAGAUAGACAGAUAUGAUGGCAGAGGAACUCUAUCAGACCUCAAACAAUUCGAAGCUGGCCGGGAAGGUUAUGACACCCUACGUUGGCUCGGACUUAGUGAAUCUGAAAAAAAAUUGGAAGAACUGUGUGACAAGGAAAGAUAUUAUUCCUUGGAAAUUAACGAGGAAGAAGAGGAAAUGUAUAAGGAGGAAGCUGCUAAAAGACAGAAAACAAACGCGUUUGCCUUCGACUAUAAUGACACACGACCUGAGGAACCUGAGCAACCGACUGAAGGUAUACCAACUGUUCCAGAGAAGGAAGAAGAGGAUGAACCUUAUAAGGCCUCCCCAAUAUUGGAUGUACCUGUUAAUAUAAAUAUUCCAAAAACUGUCAAAGAAUAUGCAAGAAUUGAAAAAACAGCUUUGUUUGUUUGUCGUCAAGGACUCCAAAUGGAAAUUCUUAUCAAAGCAAAACAGGCCGAUAAUCCUCAGUUUAGUUUUUUGACAGUACAAGACCCUUUGUAUAAAUUUUACAGACAUGUACUGUCUGCAUUCAAGAAUGGAAGGUACCAGCCUCAGUGUGAUAACAAAAAAAGUGAUGAGGACAAACCAGCAACAGUUUCCCAAAUAGAAGGCAAAGAUUCGCACUACCUACACCCGAGUUUAUCGGCAAACACCAAACCGGACUCUCCUCCCCAACAAAAUCCGCCCAUUCCUAGUGUCCCCUACAGACCAUCCGCGGACUGUGCUUAUUCUCAACUGGUAAACCGGAUCCAGGGAAAUGGACUUGGAGCUAAUGGCCAAUCGGAAACAGUCACGGUUCAACAGCAACAGCCCAAUCAAAUGCAAUUGAUUAAUCAGAUGAGCUUGGAGCAACAGUACCAUCAGUUUUAUUAUGUUCAGCAAUUCUAUGACUAUUGGAGGCAUUCAGUGAUUAAUAGUGAACAGGGUGCAAUAUAUGCCGGUCUACCUCUAGACUUCAGUCAGUUGGACACUAACAUGCAAACUUACAUCCAUCAGCUGGCCUGGGCCCAAUUCAUGCAGCACCACCAGCAAAAGCAGCUACAGGAGGCGCAAGAGGCCCAGAAAAAGGCUAAUGAUAAUUCUUAUGCACAAAUUGUGUCAAACUUGAACAAAGAUGGUGUUAAUCCUUAUACUGCCAACAUGCCUCAGCUACCACUAGUACCAGUAGUGAAAGAAGAACAAAGAGUUGUAACAGAAGAACCAAGAAAUGGACCAAAUACUGGAGAAAAAACUGUAACUCUUGUUAAGUAUGAAGAUAUUGAAGUUAAAAAACCUUUGUUGUCUUUGGCUGCUGCAUAUGGAUCAGGAUCAAACACAGACUCGGAUAGUUCAGAUUCAGAAAUAGACAGUAAGACCCCGGUUCGGAAACAGCUUGAAGAAAAGAAAGAAGUUUACAGAGUUCCGUCUGAUGAAAUGCAAACUGUGAUUGAUAAAAUGGCAGAAUAUGUGGCAAAGAAUGGGGAAAAUUUCGAGGAAAUUAUUAAACAAAAAGGUGACAAGAGAUUUGACUUUCUAAAUGCUAGCCAUGAAUUCAACAAAUAUUACAAGACUAAAUUGAGAGAAUUGAAAGAACCAAAAAAAGUUCAAGUAAAAAAGGUGGAUGCUAUAAAACCCACUAAAACUAAACCCAAAAAAGUUGUAACACCAGUUAGUUUUUCAAUAAAAAAGCCUAAAGAAGAGCCCCCAAAAGAAAUUAAAAGUGCCCUACCAAUGGAGGAUUCCUCAGAUGAAGAAAGUCAGCCUAAUAGUAAACCUAAGAGCCCUAUAAAUUCAGACAAUACCAAAGUUGAAACAGUUUCCAAUGCAUUUAAACUAAAAGUCGAAAAUACAACAAAUAAUGUAACUUCAGAGCUUCCACCACAAAACCAGAGACUACCAAUAAUUCCAACAAAAUCAGAAAAUAAAUCUCUCAUUGCUUCAAAAAUAGAAGGCCCUAAAAAGCGAUUAAGAUCGCCUUCAAAAUCACCAAAACUAUUGAAGUCAGAUUCAAAAACUCAUACUAAAAAACAUGUAGAAGAUGUUAAAGAAAAAAAGCAAAAAUCAGAUACUAUUGAUAUUUUCGAUGUGGGAGAUAACAAUAAAAAGAACAAAACUCAAAAUGGUGUGCUAGGAACAGAUGAUCCUAUUUUGGAAAUGAUUGAAUUGGAGAUGAAUGAAAAGACUGAUGAUAAAGCGUCCGAUGCUAUAGAAAAGGCUCGUCAAUUGGAGAGAAAACGCAAAGCUGCCAUGUUUUUGAAGUUAAAGUCUGUAGAGUCAAAACCAGUAAAAUCUGAGAAAACUUCACGAAGAUCGCCUUCAGUUAGUAGCAGAAGGACUUCCAUAGACAGCGACAGAUCUAGAAGUAAGACAAAGGAAAAAAGCAAUAUCCAAGAGAAAUUGACAAGUAGACAUAGGAGCAGGUCGAAAGAAGAAAGUCGUUCCCAACGAUCCAGAUCGAGAGAGAGAACUAGAAAGCAUAAGAAACAUAAAGAUAAAGAUAGGAAUAGAAGUAGGAGCAGGAAUAGAGACAGCGAAGACAGGCGAAGGAGGGAAAAGAAGAAGAAAUCGAAUAAAAGAAAACAUUCAAAAUCGAAAAAAAAAUCUAAAAGGCCAAGGUCUUCAUCAAAACAUAGGUCCUAUUCAAAGUCCAGGAGUCGGAGUAAAAGCAGAAGUAGUUCAGUGAAGUCACAUAUUUCAAUCCAGGAUAGCUCUUGACAGAGAAUUUACUUUUUUGCGCUCAAAUAAAAUAUGUACAAACAUAUUUGCCUAAGAGCAAUUCCUUAAGAAAUAAUUAUGGUGUAUAGGUUAAUAGAUAUUGUAAAAAUUAUAAUUUGUAUAUAGUAGAUCCAAACAGUGUUGUCAAUAUUAAAGGGAAUUAUAUUAUAUACCUAAUUUUCAUUGAGGAUUUAUUCCAUCCUCUAAUCAAUCUACCUGAAUUUGUAUAAGGGUUAUUCAUUUGAGAAGUUAAUCCUUUUGUUUCUAAUAAUUUAUGUUCCCUCUUAAUAUUGAGUCACUUAAUUGGUUCUAAAUAGCGACCCUGUAUAAUUAUUCUACUAUAUUUGAUCAUUUUAUAUUUAUUAAUAAAUAUAGAUACCUAUUA